GAGGUGCAUUGUGAACAUAGAGGCAUUUGUAGGCGGUAAACUGCUUCACAGAAAACAUUGCUUUACCAAAAAACACUUUGAGGUCAUUUUUGUCACGUUUUUGAGGUAACAUUUUUUUUUUUUAGCGAGUAUCGUGCUCUUGUUUCUGUAUGUGAGAUUUGUGCAUAAAAAGGCUGCUUGAGUCACUUCUCAAGCCGUUAAACUUCUCUCCAGCAAAUCCAUGCCUCAUUUUGGUCUCUGAGCAUCUGAUGCUAAUCACACCGAUUGGUUCAGCUGCAGCAGAUUCUUGUGAAGGUGUUUGACAUGCGGUGCUUAAUGUAGGUGUGUGUUUAAAAUAUAAGUGUAUUGGAAGUGUACAUUCGUGUCCCAUUCGUUUAAAUGCAUCAAAAACAUAAAUACGUUUUUAAAUAAUCCUGAAAUUCUCGUCGGCGUUGGUUUACUGAGCGAUGAAGAGUCGGUUCAACUGAUUCAGUUCAUUCAUUCAAACCAUCGAAGUAGGAUAAGCGGCUUUGGUAAUGAUUCUUUAAAUAAACCGAUUCAGAAUCCUCUUCUUGAAUCGUUUGAGUCGUUCUCACUCGGUCAGGGUUGCACGUGUGGGUUGCUUUUCCUGCACGUGUAAUCAGCACGUGUUCACAGACCGUAAAUCCCGACCCCAUGGUAGACACUCGACAGAAAUUUCAUACUAAAGUAAGUAUUUUAUAUUUUCUGGGUCUAAACAGAGCAGAAGUAUUGCUAAUGUGCUGUACAGAUUCUAUUGGACUGGUGAACUGUGUGGAUUUGUAUAUUUAACCCAGUUUAAUAUGGCCUGCUUUGUUCAGUCAGAGACAAGUAAAUCUGUUCUAAUGUUCAUUUAUUUUCCAUAGAUAAAACAAAUGUUUGCUUACACAUGACUACGUACUUUAUGCCUUCAGAAUGGUGGAGAUUUGUCUCUUAACUAUUUUAAAUUUGGUUCUCUUCAACAGGUUGUGUUUGAGUUGUGCAGGCUUGUGUCACCUGACUUAAAGAAGGCAUUGUUUGAAGGGCUUGAUCAGCACCUCCCACGGCUCCUGCAGUUGUACAACACCGAGAGGCAGUGAAAUACCCGAAAUCCAACAUGUGAUGACCCGCAUUGAUCAAGAGGCAGAGGAAGCUCAGCGAAAGCUUAAGAGACAGAAUGGAGAGGACCCAGGUGCUGCACUUGUUAGGCAUGGCUCUGCUGGAGGAGCAGCAACAGCUAGAGAACAUUGGGGAUGACGAUGAAGUUACUUUCAACUUCACCCUCAAAAUCUCCCGUCCCGGUGAAGCCCCCGGCAACACUCCAAGCAUCCUGGCUCUGUUAGAGACCUUGCAGUGCGCGCCUCACUUGGAAGUGCACAAAGACAUGAUUCGCUGGAUCCUUAAAAUGGUGGUUAGCAUUAAAACGAUGCGUGAGUGCACAGCUGCUGCACCUCCCUGUGAAGGAACAGGGCACUGUCACAAGGAGACUGUGUGGGACAAAGACAAAGCAGAGAGAAAAAAGAAAGCUGAACUGUGCUGGAAAAAGACCAUGGCUCAAACAUUAGAGAGCCAGAGUCAUUUUAUCAAUAAGUACAUAGAUCUGCUCAAGCAGGAUUCAGAGGAUCUGGAUGCCUCAGCCUCUACAUCAGCAGAGCAUAGCCCCAGUUCAUGUGACAGUGCUCUGGUGUGUGUGGGACCUCGUCGUUGGCGUGCCAGAGGAGGAGAGAGGAGGCAGAUGGAGAUGUGUAUCCUGUGUCACGAAGCGCAGGAGAUCCUACCUGAUGGCACUGCCAUGGUGCUCGCUGCCUUUGUCCAACGCUCUACGGUCAUGUCCAAGAUCCGCAAAAGACCCCCUCACAAUCCAGAGAGCUGUGAUCCCCUCUUCAUGCACCCUGACCUGUCCUUUGGUACCCAUACCGGCAGCUGUGGCCACAUCAUGCACUCUCACUGCUGGCAGAGGUCUUUGAAUAUCAAUGAUGCAGACAGGGAGGAGAAAUAUAACAGGUGUUUAAGGACUCUUUGAUCCACCAGAGGACGGGUGAUAAGAAGAACCCAUUUCGGUACUUCUCUAAGCAGGAGCUGAAGGAGCUUUUCACACUGGAGGACACGUACUCGUCCUCCACUCGGCUGCAGCUGCAGUCGCUCCACUCGUCUGCGUGUCGCUCCGACCCUGAGCUGCAGUGCCACAUCUCCUCUCUGAAGGGCAUGAAUGUGUUUGGCGUGUCCCGUCAUGACUUGCUGUUCUCUAAUGAGGAUACUCUGCAGGACGAGGACAAAUAUGGUCACAAUUUGGCCCAUAUCUGUUCAGCGGUGCCAUAUCUAGGCCAUAUGUGACGGAUAAUACCCACAUGUGGCCCAAACGUACUUGCUAUUUGGGAUGUCUGGUUGGGGUGUGAAAAUUUUAGAUGCUGGAUUGACAGUUAUAUUAUUAAAUAACAAUAUGAACAGCAAGAUUAUUAAUUGGAGUAGCAUAAGUAAUGAAAAUAGCAAAUGUUAAUAUUCAUAAAUACAGGUAAUGGGAUUUAGUGUUAAUAGUGCAAGAGUAAGUGUAAAUAUGAAUCUGAAACAGAUGUGGCUGUUCAUCUCAGUGCUUUAAUUGAAGAAAAAGUCAAAAAAAUUUGAGCC